AUGUACGUUUACACCCUCCCUGCAGGGUUGUUGGGCCGCUAUAUUGGCCGUGCCCUGCGGUUUCGGGUAGAGCGGUUUGCGUACUACCUUGAUCUGACAGGGCGCUCGCUAAGGCGCGUCGAGGUGGAGGCCGACUCCCUGCAGCCGCAGUGUGAGGUGGACCACCGCAAGUUUGAGCGGCUUCUGUUGAACUUCUUGGAGGUGGAGCGGCUGUCGAAGCGAACGUGCAGUUACACCCUUGAUGCCCCACGCUUUCCCCGCAUCAUCUACAACUUGGAGCAGGAGACGACGGACCAUCUCGAGGGUUCUCUGCAGCUCCGCGGCGAGACGCAUCCGGUGCGUUGCAGCAAGAUGCUGGAGGGACCGGAGCUCGUGGUGCGCUGUCCGAUUGACACCCGCGAGUUUAACGUGCCGCGCUACUCGAUUCUUUUUGGGCUCUUCAGUGUCUCGCAGCACGUAGAGGUGGAGACGCGGGUGCCGCUCAAAGUGGUGAAGCUGUGA